AUGAGUUUCAACGCCACCAACAUCACCAUCAACGGUUACACUCUCACAGAGAGCAAUUACAACCGUUUACUUUCUGGAAUUGUCAUUUCAUCGGUUUUUGCUUCUUGUUAUUUGUUACUUGUUUGCUCGAGUCUCAUUUUCAUUAUUGUGAAGAAAUUUCAAAACAAAUCUUCCAAUAAUAAUGAAAAAUCAAAUCAAAGUAGUAAUAUAAUCAUCACCAAUCAUCACAACACAAAUUCCACGUCUCAGUCCGAGGAUGAUAAAAAGUUGUUCCGAGGAGUCACUACUCUUCAAUCAAGAAUUUCAUCUCUUUUUGCGAGUCGAGAGUGGAAUGCUGAAAAAACAGUUUUUACUGCAUUCAUGGUCCUAUUUCAGUUGUAUGCAAUUAGUUUGUUUUGGAUCUUUUUUGAGUUUCCAAUUAGUGGAAAUUCCUAUUUCAAUAUUCAAGGAGAUUACAAGACCAUGAUUGAUGUCUCAUUGAUGGUUCUUUGUGGUCUAGGUUUUCUAACGACAUGUUUCCGAUCGAACAGUUAUCAAGGAAUUGGAAUGGGAUUUCUAUUGACAACUUUUAGUUUCCAAUUUUCAAUUCUCUCUCAAGCAUUUUGGUUCAAAAUUUAUGAAUAUUCACAACUUGUGUCGAAUGACAAUACUCGAGUAUUCAAUACAGUGAUCUAUUUGGAUAUGAGAUGGAUGGUUCAUGGUUUUUAUGGAGCAUUUUCUGUCCUUACUGCUUGUGGAGUUAUUAUUGGAAAGGCAACUCCUCUUCAACUUGUGACCAUGUCUUUUUCACACAUUUUCAUUUAUAGUUUGAAUUAUUUUGUUUGCAUUUUGAUAUUGGGAGCUUUGGAUUAUGGAGGUUCCAUGUUCAUUCAUCUCUUUGGUGCUUAUUUUGGACUGAGUGCAAGUUGGGGUCUUUAUAAAACAGUUCCCUUCGCACCAAGUGAUUUUUAUGAAAUGACUUCAAAGGAGAAUGAUUUAUUUGCAAUCAUUGGAACGGUCUUGAUGUGGGUGUUGUGGCCUUCUUUUAAUAGUGCACUAGUUCCAACCAAUCAUUUGCAGCAAUUUAGAGCUCAAAUGGCAACGAUCAUCGCCAUGACUGGAAGUUGUUGUGCUCAUUUUGCACUGUCACGUGCCAUUCGAGGAAAAUUUGCAAUGAGGGAUGUUCAGAGAGCUUCAUUGGCAGGUGGUAUCGCCAUGGCAUCAUGUCAUAGCAUUCUUGUAUCACCAGGUGGUGCUCUUACCAUUGGAGUUGUUGCAGGAUGUUUGAGUGGUUUCAGUGCCAUCUUUAUUGCACCACUUUUGAAAUGGAUCAAACUUCAUGAUUCCUGUGAUAUUCACUCAACCCAUGGAAUUGUAGGAAUUUAUGGAGGAAUUGUCAGCAUUAUUGCUGUGGGAAAUCAGAAUGCAAAUCCAUCGAAUUUAAUUUAUGGUCAAACCGUGAGUGAUUUAUUUGCAAUCAAAAAUUUAACACAAUGGGGUUAUCAAGCGUGUUGUUUAAUCAUUUCUUUAGCAUUAUCCAUUUCUGGAGGAGCAUUUUAUGGAUUUAUUUACAACACUUGGUUUUUCACCUUGCAAAAGAAUCAAUUGUUUGAAGAUGCUAUUUUUUGGAAUGUUCCAAUCGUCAAGUCUGAAGGUCUCAACACUGCAUUAUUGAAUCAAGACGAAAAGAAGAAUAAUAAUCAUUUAGUUGAAAUGACAACGACCGUAUCAACAUCAUCAAUGGUGGAUCUCUCUGUGGAUAAAAAGUUGAAAGAGCACUGUGAUAAAUCAAAAAGUGAAAUGGAAAAGUAUCUUGCACAACAAAUACAAGAGAUGGAAAAGAAAUAUCAAUCAGAAAUUCAGAAACUUGAAGAAAAUCACCACUCGAGUUUACAAAAAAUUAACAAACUCGAACAAGAAUUGUCUAUCCUUGUGAAAACUAUUCAGGUAGAUCGAGAGAUGUUGAAACAAAAAGAGGAGGAAGAACGACAACGAAGAGAAGAAAAGCAAAGAGCUCGAAGGGAAGAGCAACAACGACAAGAAACCCAACGAAAACAACAGGAAAAAGAAUUGAAGAGAUUGAAAGAAGAGCAAGAAAGAAAGAUGCGAGAACAAGAAGCCGAACGUAAAAGAAAGGAAGAAGAAGAACAACGAAAGGCAAAAGAGCAACAACAAUCAACGCAGCAACCAGAAGAGAAACCCAAGAUGAGUAGAAUUAUGGAAGACUUGUUGUCCAAAUCAACCACAACAGAAGAUAAGGAAGGUGUGAAAUAUCAAAAAUUCGAAGGUGUGAAUGUGGACUAUAAUUUCCUUAAUGCCUAUGACAUGUUUCGAUGUGAUGAUGCUUUUAUUGAAGAUGAUGAUGACAAUUUGGACUCUUCUUCAACCGCAUGUGCAACACCACAAUCAAUACCAAUGACAGAAGCGAGAGAUGACGACGAGAAUGCAAUUUCUGAAUAUGAUCGAUUGAAAAAUGCAAGACAAAGAGCAUCCAAUUAUAUUAUUCUUCAUCAGGAUCAAGAAGACAACUCGAAAUAUCGUUUCCUAACUCGAUGUAGGAGUUUUGAUGAAGUGUUGCCACUAUUAACAGCUGACACCAUGUAUCACAUUGUCAUGAGAGUAUUGUCGAAGGAAUCGAAAGGAAUUUCCCUUUACAAAUUCCUGGUUGCUUCUUUCGCAGGUGAAAAUAUUAGAGCUAUGCAAAGAGGAAUAUUUGCUGGUCAUUCCAAUACACUUGGUAAAUUCUUGGGAAUUAUUGCAUUCCAAGUGAAGGAAAAGGAUUCUAUCAAGGAAGAAAUUCUAGAAAAGGUGAAAUCAGCAGCGACUGGAAAUGUUCAAAAUUGUACUUUUACAGUACUUUAA